GCGAACAUCGUGCAUUUUAGAAAUUAAUUCACACAACACACACUCGUGUCGGUAAUUACAUAGAGUAAUAAACUUGUAACUGACACUUUUGGCAAAAGUUAAUACCGUGCAAACUUCCUCCAGAGAAUUUGUGGCCAGAAGAGGACUUCGAUGUAAGUGAAGGAUUCCCCUUCAUCCUUUAUAAACUUCUCAAGAUUAAAUAAAUCACAGUGUGCCAAAGCCACAAAGUCCCGAGAGGGUGAUGGGGAUAGUUCGUGGACACAUGGAUAAACAUUCAACCGCGCGAAUGGUGGUAACAUCAAAAGAACAGAACUUCGUUUCGCUAUGAAGAUUUGGCGGAGGAAGUGAGAGAAAGAGAGAGAGAGAGAGAGAGAAGUGUUCUGACUUAUUGAGACAAUGAACGAAAUAAUGGACCGAUGGUGAAACGAGAGGAACGUCAAUGGCGCCGAGACGCGAGCGACGGAAAUUGGAAGAGACCUGUCUCGAGUCGACGCGAAGCUCCCGCUUGAGCGUGUUUAUCGAUCGUAAAACUACAGGGUACUAAUUCCGUGGAUUCCUUCGAUACUCGUCAUGCUGGUCCCGGAGGGCAAUUUGACAUCCUGGGCCGGCAACUGGACAAUGCGACUGCACCAGGUGUCUUGUAACAACAGUCUUCUGGACUGUCUCGCGGAAUGCGAGGUCAAUUUUACCGAAUUCGAUCACCUUUGCACGACGUUUGACCGAGGGACUGUCGUCUCCCCAUUGACGACUCUGUUUUGCACACCCUGCGAUUACGAGACCUGCAACGUCAACGUAUCCCUGAUCCUUAACAGUCUCGAGAGCAUCGAGGGUGUUUUUUUAUCGAGGAUACCGACGAGGGACUGCAACGCUACGUUUUUUGAAGACGAAAUUUUCGAGUGUUCGUCAGCUACUGGAAAUAUUGGCGACGAUCUGGCCGACGUGUCCUGCUCGAGGCGAUCCAGAAUCGGCGGAGACACGGAGACUAAAGCGCGUCGGUUGGAUUGGAGCUUUUUGUUUGUCGCCGUAUUCAUAGUCGCCGGUGGACUGGGAAACAUAUUGGUUUGUCUCGCGAUAGGAUUGGACAGGAAGCUUCACAACGUGACGAACUACUUCCUGUUGUCGUUGGCCGUGGCCGAUCUUCUCGUGAGUCUUUUUGUCAUGCCACUGGGUGCCAUACCAGGAUUUUUAGGAUAUUGGCCGUUUGGGGUGGUAUGGUGCAACGUGUACGUGACGUGCGACGUGCUCGCGUGCUCGGCGAGCAUAAUGCACAUGUGCUUCAUCUCCCUAGGCCGUUACUUGGGCAUUCGCAAUCCGCUCAGAACACGUCACACGUCCACGAAACGAGUGGUGGGCUUCAAGAUCGCCGCGGUCUGGUUGUUAGCCAUGCUGGUCUCCAGCUCCAUCACGGUGUUAGGUAUAACCAACUCCGCGAAUAUCAUGCCGCGACCGGGGGUGUGCGUUAUCAACAAUCGAAUGUUCUUCGUGUUCGGAUCCCUGGUCGCCUUCUACAUUCCCAUGAUCGUCAUGGUCACGACUUACGUGCUGACGGUCCAGUUGUUGCGCAAAAAGGCACAAUUCGCGAUCGAACAUCCGGAAGGUUAUUACUUUCGCCGACUGGGCGGAAGAUACGCGUCUACGAAAACGCCGUCCUCGGCCUCGUCGUCGUCCACAACCGCAACCACCACAACGACCGCGGUACGAUCAUCCGCUUCGUUGGCGAAGCAAACCCGAACUUCCGUUUGCAACACCGAGAAGGAAAGUGACAAAUGCGGAAGCGCGAGAAAGCCCUUGCCGCAAUUGAAGUUAGCGGUAAACGGCGCCGGAAGCCCCGCCGCGGGAUCUCCUCGGCCGAAGUCAAAAGUGGAUCAGGCGACCCAAACGUCCGAGAACAUGGGAAACACAGACACACGUAACUACAACCUGCGGCCCUUGAAAUUGCAGCUGAACGUCACGCCGACGACUCUGAACUUCAAAUUUCUGACCGGGCGAACGAAGAAGAGAUUCUUCGCCGCGAACGCGGUCGCGACCGAGCAAAAAGCUAGCAAGGUACUGGGGCUGGUUUUUUUUACCUUUGUGUUUUGCUGGGCGCCGUUUUUUCUGCUUAACAUCUUCUUCGCGGCGUGUCCCACGUGCUUCGUGCCGGGACACGUGGUGGACACGUUCCUCUGGCUGGGCUACAUGUCCUCGACAAUCAAUCCGAUCAUCUACACCAUCUUCAACAAAACCUUUCGCGCCGCGUUCAUUCGUUUACUGAAAUGCAAAUGCUCGAGAUCACCGAGACCUCUGAGGCAUCGUUCGGUCACGGAAAGCGGCAGAGGGACGGUUGGGGGUUUGUGUACCACGAGCGCUCUUCCUCUCGCCAUCAGUCUUCAGGGUACGCCGUUGCUAACCCCGACGUCGAACGCAACGACAACUCCGGCGUCGGGAAGCUCGUUUAUGACGAUGAUGCAUCGGACACCGAGCUCGCUGUAUCGCGACACCUUCAUGGUUCACGAGUGCGAUCAAAGCGAACAUUAAAAUUCUUCGUUCAAAAACUUACGGAGAAGAGGGUUUCUAGACGAAAACCAGGCGAUUUUUGGUUCCAAAGUUUUGAUGUACAUACACGAUGUAAAUACAGUUUAUGUUCCACAAAAAUAAAAUUAUAAACGUACGAUAGUAUCAAAUUCGUGAUACUUUGUGACUCGCGGAACCUGAUUUCAAAAUCGUCUAAUUUUCAUUAAAACCAACAACUAGUUAGCGAUUACGUCAUUCGCAUCGUCAAUACUCGUCAAUUUUUUAAAGUUUUUAUUGUAGGACAACAAAUAUCCAAGUUAGAAACGACACGCAACAUGUGAGAUG